AUGAAGCUGUUGGAGAAUUCCAAUUUUGAAGCUGUCAAUUCUGCACUGUCGAUGGACCUUGAAAACAGCAACACUCACCUGGAUUUUCGCAUUGAGAGCUACUCUUGCAAGAUGGCAGGCAAUGACAAGCGUCUGUUCAAGACACUCAAUGAAGAGAACCGGGAAGCCCCGGGUGGGCUGCAAGCCUUAUCACCACCUCAAGCCCACGGCUACUCUGUGUACAGUACGUCUAAUCCCAAUGAUCCACCGACGGUGGGCAGCCAUGAGGAGACUGGAUCACUGUGUGGGACCAUCUCCACCAAGACUCUCUUCUAUCUCAUCUCCACACUGAAUGCAUCGUUUAAUCCUGACUAUGACUUCAGUACCGCCAAGAGUUCAGAGUUCAGCCGAGAGACUAGCCUGGAUUGGGUGGAACAGAACAUCAACUCAUCGCUGUUUGCUGCCUGUGGGGACAGGUUCGGAGCUUUCAAACAACAGCUGUGGUCAGCAGUAGACGACGAGAUUUGUCUGAAAGACUGCUAUAUUUACAGCUACAACCCAGACUUGUCAUCAGACCCCUUCAGCGAGGAUGGCUGUAUCUGGUCAUUCAACUACUUUUUCUACAACGUCAAACUCAAGAGAAUUGUUUUCUUCUCAUGCCGAGCCAGCAGAAAUGAUAUUCCUUCUGAGUUUGAGGGAGACCUGGAAGUGGAUGCAGAUGUAACAGAUGAGCUCAUGUUUUCAACGGAUGGAAGUCCGUAG